AUGAGCAACACCGAGGAUGCAUUUCAGGAGGCACGAAGUUUGCAAAAUGAACCUUCUGACCAUGUAUGUAAGGUUGGAAUUCGCAUACCACCGUUUUGGCCGGAGGAACCCGAGAUAUGGUUUGCCCAAGUGGAAGGUCAGUUUAGCAUUGCCGGCAUCACAAGCGACUCGACCAAAUUUAAUUAUGCCAUUGGUCAGCUGGGAAACCUAUACUCCAAAGAGGUCAAGGAUUUAAUUGUCAAUCCACCCUCCACCAACAAAUUUGAAAAAUUGAAAUCGGAGCUGAUUAAAAGACUAAGUGCAUCAAAAGAAAAGAAGUUGACACAGCUGUUGAUGCAUGAGGAGAUGGGUGACAGGAAGCCGUCACAGUUUCUUCGGCAUCUUGAAAGUUUAGGUGGAUCGCAAAUCUCAACCGACUUUUUGAAGACAGUUUGGGUCAGCCGGUUACCUACCGGCAUUCAGACGGUUUUGGCCGGACAGACUUCUACUACAAUUGAAGAGAUGGCGGACAUAGCAGAUAGGAUCAAUGACCUGGUCCCCUCGACACCUCAGGUGGCAUCAACCAGCCGACAGAGUGAGAAUGUCGACUUGGCCAUGGAGAUCGCUGCUUUACGAAAGGAGGUCCAACAACUGGCCCUCAGGCAACGAAGCGGCAGAUCAAGAGGCAGGUCCCGACUACACGACCGUCAACGCUCUUCGUCGAGAUCCCAGUCCAGCUACCGGCGACACCCAGUCUGCUGGUACCACUUUAAAUUCGCCGAUAAGGCGACAAAGUGUUGCCCUCCAUGUGACUUCAAGUCGGAAAACUCCAGAGGCAAUCGGUAA